AUUCCCGGUUUGAAUCGUUUGAGUGUUCUAAACAACAUCAGCUGGAAGGAGCCGAGAGGAUGGAUUUGUAGUUUUUAACUGUUUAAAUCUUAUUUUUUAAGUAUUUGUGACAGAAGAUGUUCCGGAAACUUCCGUCGCUCGCCACGUCUCCGUCCUGAAUAACUGAAACACGGUCCACCUGUCAGCAUGGAUUCAGCACUGCUGAUUGGGUGGCAGCAGGAGAAGGAGGAGCUUAAACAGGAACUGUGUCGUCUACACACGGAGCUGGCCGAGAGUCGAGCAGAGAGGGAGGAGCUGGAUUCCAGGAGCAGAGCGCUCAAUGACAGGCUGCUCCAGUCUGUGUCUCCCUCGCUCGCCCUCUCCCUGCAGGUGGAGGGGGAGCAGAGGGAGUGGAAGAAGAGGGUGAGGGAGGGGAGAGAGAGAGAGGCGAGGCAGGCCCUGCUCAUCCACCGACUGCAGAACAAGGUGUUGGAGUACAGAGAGCAGUGUGAACGUUUGGGGCUUCAGCUGCAAGAAGGACACACACAGCUCAUCAACACCGAGCGGAGGAUCAGGGAUGAACACAGUGACUCUCUGGAGAGCGCCCUCAUUAGGCUGGAGGAGGAAGAACAGAGGUCAGUUGGUCUUGCUGAGACGAAUGAUCUCCUUCAGGAUGAGCUCAACCAAUUGGAGCAGGUGAACCAGGCCCUCAGGGAGGAUCUUCAUAAGCUGACAUUUGAUUGGACGAAAGCCAUGGAGGAGGCGGAGCAGAAAGAGAAUGAGUGGCAGAGAGAGAGGGAGAGUCUGUCAGGUCACGCAGGUCAGCAGCAGGCUCGGCUGUUGUCAGUUUGGAGGUCGGUUGUCGCUCUGAGACGUCACUGUAACACCGUCAAAACCGCCGCUGACAGGGAUCUGUGGCAGGUGAGGGCGGAGUUUUCUCGUCUCUCCUCCUCCCUCCUUUCCAGCUGUGACUCCGUCUCCUCCUCUCUGAGGCUCAGCGCUCCUCGCAGCACACACCCUGCUCCCUGCUCUCCUCCUCUCUCCUCCACCCUGCUCCUCCCUCCGCAGGGCGCCAACACAGCUGUUCCCCAUCUUCCUCAUCUCACCUCCUCCUCCACCCUGGGGACAUUUACCUUAGGAGAGCUGGAGCAUAAAGAGGAAGAGGAGGAGGCGAAGCGGAGGUGGCAGGAGAAAGAGGAGGAGAUUUCUGAACUGAAGCUUCUUCAUGAGACAAAAGUUUCAGAGCUGACUGAACGGAUCGCAGAGUUCUCUCGCUCUCUGCAGGUGGAAGACGAUCAGAGGAUGGAGAGAGAAAGAGAGAUCGAGAGACACAGAGAGAUGGAGAGGAAGCUUCAGUCCGUCGCUCAGGCUGUGGUUAAUCUGUCCAGAGUCCUGAGCAGCAGCAGCAGCAGCAGCAGCAGGUCUGUGUGUGUGUCCUCAGAGGACCUCCUCAGUCUGGACCUGUCCUCCCUGCUGUCCGUCCUGUCCCACACUGAGAGUGCCCUGCAAUGGAGACAGCAGGAACUGCAGGGGGCGGAGCUCUCUGUGCGGCGGCUCGGCGAGGAGAAUUCGUCUCUUAUGAUUCGACUGACACAACUGGAAGACAACAACCAGCAGCUGCAGGCGCACACACAAUACACACAGCUGGAGCUCACACAUGCUCUGGAGUCACUGAGCAGGGAGCGUGAGGCCUCCUCCUUGCUGCACUUGCAGGUGGAGGAGGUGCAGAGGAGAGAGGAGGGUGUGAAGAGGGAGAACAACAGGCUGAAGAAGGAGCGAGAGAGACAGGAGGAGAGAAUCUCACAGCUGGAGACACAAACACUCAAACGAGUGGAAACUGAACUGUUGGAGAACGUUCAGCUGACUGAGAGAGAAACUCGGCACCGAAUGGAGAGCCACAAACUGCAGGGGGUGUUAGAGAGAGAGCAGUUGGACAGACAGAGAGCAGAGGAGGAGACUGCAGACGCCAGAGACGCCUUGCAGAAGUCCAGGGAGAGUGUGUUACGUCUCUCGUCCUCUGAGUGUGUGUUGAAGCGGGAGGUGGAGGAGGCUCGGGACGCUCUGGACAAGAUGGCCGCCUUGAGCUCAGACCUGGCGUCAGAUAAGAGAGAGCUGAACAAACAGCUGCUGCAGCUGGAGUGUGAGCUGUCAAACAGCCAAUCACAGCUGCAGGCCGUGAGGUCGGAGGUCAGCUCUCUGCAGAGGGAGGUCCAAACUUUAAACCUGGACUACAGCCAGCUCAGAGCUCAGAGAGAGGAGGAGGCCAACGUCCUCCGUCAGCUGAGAGAGAGAGAGGCAGAGAUGGAGAGACUGAUGGAGGACAAGGAGAGACAGCUGGCCUCCCUGAUGGAGGAGAAGGAGACGGAUGGGGGUCAGCUGGAGGAGUUGUCCUCCCGGUAUGCCUCGAUGUACAGGGAGCUGAAAGAGGCUCAGGAGCAGCUGCGGCAGGCAGUGGAGGAGGUGAGGAGGAAAGACAGGCAGCAGGAGGAGCAGCAGAGGGAGAGCAGGAGGAUGCAGGAGGAGCAGGCGAGUCUGCAGAGACACAAGGAGCAGCUGGAGGAGGAGCUGCAGCAGCUCAGAUAUGCGUCAGUGUCUCUCCACCAGCAGCUCAGUCAGCAGCAGAAGCAGCUCUCUCAGUCAGAGGUGGACCGAUGUCAGCUGAACACACAUGUCGUCACUCUGCAGCAGGCUAAACAAACGCUCCAGGGGGAGAUCGAGUGUCUGAAAGGAGAGCUGGAGAGGGCCACAGCCGGGCGAGAAGAAGAGAAAGAGCAGAGAAAAAGGUGCACGGAGGAGAAAGAGGCGCUGAUGGAGGAGGUGGAGAGGCAAAAGGAUGAGGUGGAGGAGCUGAGGAAGAGAAGGAUGGAGGAGGAAGAGGAGAGGAUGGAGGAGGGGGAGGCCUGGCAGAGGGAGAGGGAGGCUAUGAGCGAAGAGUUAGGGACCAAGGACGGAGAGCUGGAGGCGCUAAGGAGGCGCACAGACGCCCUGACGGAGGAGGAGAAGCAGAGACAACAAGAUACGGAGAAGUUGAGGAGGGAGAUGACAGAGAGGGAGGCGAAAAUCAGCAACAUGAUGGAGAGAAUGCAACGGACAGAGGCAGAGAGGGAGAGAGUGCAGGACGAGGCGCAGAGGACAAGGAUCAGGUUUACAGAGGAGGAGGUGAAGAGGGAGGAGGAGAUUGGUGCACUUUGUGACCGGAUGGAAGGACUGGAAAGAGAGAAGGAGAAGAGGGAGGAGGAGAUGGAGAGACUGAAGAGUGAAACAAGCGAGGAGGUGGAGAGAUGGAGGAAGCAGGUGAAGCAGCAGGAGGACGAGAUAAACAGACUGAGACAAGAAAUCUCCCACUUAGAGGAGGAGACAAGAGACAAAGAGAGGCUGCAGGACAAAGAAGGGGAGAGGACUAGGAGAAGGGAGGAGGAGGUGGAGCGACUCAGGGAUGAAGUCUGGAAAGCAGAGGAGGAGCUGAAGAGGCUGAAGGAGAAGGUGGGGGAGGUGGAGAUGCUGAAGCUGAGGCUAAAUGUGGCCAAAGAGGAGUGUGAGGAGAUGAAGGAGGAGGUGGAGCGGAGGGACCGCAGCCUGGAGCGACAGAUUAGCGCCGUGAGGGAGAGGGAGGAGGAGGUGGAGGAACUGAGGGCCCAGCUGAAGCUGGCAGAGGAGCAGGAGGAGGAAGGAGAGAGGGAGCGUCAGGAGGUGUACGAGAGACUGAGGCUGAAGGAGGCGAGGGAGGAGCAGCUGGAGGUGCUCCUGAGAGAAACCAGAGCACUCCUGGAGAAAGAAAGGAAGGAGGGAGGAGAAAGAGAAGGCAGAAUGUCCUCCCAGGUCAGGGAGCUGCAGGAGGCCCGGGCUGAGAGUGAAGGAGCAACAAGGAGGGCGAGGGAGAGGGAGGAGGCCUGUGAGAAGCUGGAGGAGGAGGUGAAGGAGUGGAGGGGGAAGGCAGAGCAGUGCAUGAGGGAUUUAGCUAAACUCAAUCAUACUCUGAGGGAGCGAGAGCAGGAGGUGCAGCUGCUUAGAUCAACACUAGAUGAGAAGGAGGACGAGGGUGAGAGAGAGAGGGAGGAGCUGAAGAGAUUGGAGUCAGAGAGGAGGAGGAGGCUGGACAACAAGCUUAGUGAGAUGGAGGAGGAGAAAAAGAGGGUCGAGGAGAAGGUGAAGGAGGUGGAGGAGGAGCUUGACGAAGGGAUGGAGGCACUAAGGAGAGCCCGGGAGGAGAAGAGGAGGUUGAAGGACAGAUUGCAAGACGUAGAAAAGGAAUAUCAGGGACAAGGACACGAUUUGAGGAGGACAGAGGAGGAGAAGAGGCGGCUAGAAAACAAACUAAAGGAGACGGAGGAAGGGAGGAAGGGAGGGGAGGAGGUGCUGAGCAGGUUGAGGGAGGAGAAGAGGGAGGUGGAGGUAGAACUGAGGAAGCUGAAAGAGGAGCGAGGGAGACUGGAAGAGAUUGAGAGAGGUCAGAUCUUCCUGGUGGAGGAGCGAAGGAGGUCCAGAGAGAGGGUGUUGGAGGAGGAGAAGGCAGGACUGUCAGAAGAUCUAGGGAGGAGGGAGAGGGAGGUGACAGCACUCAAAGAGGAGGUGCAGACACAGAGAGAAAAGGCACAUGAGGAGCUGAGGAGGAGAAGAGAGGAGGUAUCUGUACUAAGAGAGGAGGUAGCAAGGGAACAAACAGAGAGGGAGGAGUUACAGGAGAAGCUGAGGAGGUCCGAGAAGGAGGUGACAGCGCUCAGAGAGGAUGUGAAAAGGGAAGAAAAGGAGAAGAAGGACACACAGGAGGAGAUGACAGCCCUCAAGGAGCAGGUGAAGAAGGAGCAGAGGAAAAGGGAUGACAAGGAACAGGAGGAGCUUAAGAGGAGCAAGGAGGCCCAGGACGAGUGGAGGCAGAGAGAGGAGGUACAGGAGCAGUUACGGAGGAGUGAGCUGGAAGUGUCUUCACUAAGAGAGGAGGUACAAAAGAGACAAAGGGAGAAGGAGACGGCGCAGGAAGAGCUUAUUAACAGGAGAAAUGAAUUAACAGCUCUCAGUGAGGAGGUGCUGAGGGAGCAGAAUCAGAGGGAAGAGGUACAGAAGGAGCUGAGGAGGAGUGAAAGGGAAGUGUCUGUACUCAGAGAGGAGGUGCAAAAAGAACAAAGGGAGAAGACAGAGAGUCAGGAGGAGCUGAUAAGGAGGAAAGAUGACAUGACAGCUCUACAAGAGGAGGUGCAGAAGGAGCAGAGGCUGAGAGACGAGGAGCUGAGGAGAACCAAGACUGAGCUGUCGAUCAUCACAGAGGAGGUGCAGAAGGAGCAGAGGCUGAGAGACGAGGUACAAGAGGAGCUGAGGAGUACCAGGGCUGAGCUGAUGAUCAUCACAGAGGAGGUGCAGAAGGAGCAGAGGCUGAGAGACGAGGAGCUGAGGAGAACCAAGACUGAGCUGACGAUCAUCACAGAGGAGGUGCAGAAGGAACAGAGGCUGAGAGACGAGGAGCUGAGGAGAACCAAGACUGAGCUGACGAUCAUCACAGAGGAGGUGCAGAAGGAGCAGAGGCUGAGAGACGAGGUACAAGAGGAGCUGAGGAGUACCAGGGCUGAGCUGACGAUCAUCACAGAGGAGGUGCAGAAGGAGCAGAGGCUGAGAGACGAGGUACAAGAGGAGCUGAGGAGUACCAGGGCUGAGCUGACGAUCAUCACAGAGGAGGUGCAGAAGGAGCAGAGGCUGAGAGACGAGGUACAAGAGGAGCUGAGGAGAACCAAGACUGAGCUGAAGAUAUUCACAGAGGAGGUCCGGAAGGAAGAAACACAGAAGGAGCUGGUACAUGUGGAGUUAAGGAGGAGAGAAGAGGACAUGCAAGCCCUAAGAGAGGAGCUGCAGAAGGAGCAGAGGCUGAGAGACGAGGUACAAGAGGAGCUGAGGAGUACCAGGACUGAGCUGACGAUCAUCACAGAGGAGGUGCACAGGGAAGGAAAGGAGAAGGAGCAGGAGCAAGUGCAGGAGAAGCUAAUGAGGACAGAGACGGAGGUGAGCGCUCUCAGAGAGAAGGUGCAGAAGGAGCGGAGGAGGAGAGAGGAGGUGCAGGAGAAACUGAAAGAUGUGCAGCAGAGCGUGGAGGUGAUGAACACCAACCUGAGCUCCCUGCAGACUCAGGUGUCUGAUCAGAGUCAGAGCAGGGAGCGAGCGAGGCAGGAGGUGAAGGAGAAGGAGGAGGAGAAGCAGCAGAUGAGGGAGGGUCUGAGGGCCGCUCUGGAGGAGAUGACAAACCUCAAACUCCUCCUGCAGGAGAGCCACGCAGAAGGGGAGCGUCUGAGGAGGACUCUGAAGGAGAAGAAGGAGGAGGUGGAAAGGUUCAAAGAGGGUAACCUGCAGGAGGUGCUACAAGAGAGGGAGGAGGCGGCAAAGGAGAGAGGGGAGAUGGAGGAACUGAGAGCAAAAGCCAAAGUCCUGGAGAAGAGGAGGAGGGAGAUGAUGGAGGAGCUGGAGGAGGCUCGCCUGGCCAAGGAGAAUGCUGAUGAGGAGAGGAGGAAGACGGAGGAGCGGUGGAGGAGCAGAGUUGAAGAGAUGGAGGAGGAGCGGGGAGUGAAGCUGAAAACUCUUUUAAAGGAAAUCCAGACUCUGAAGGAGAGGGAGGAGGAGACAGAGAGGGAGUGGAAGACCAGGUUAGAGGAGGCGAGGACGGAGGUGGAGGAGAGCCGGGGCGAGCUGAGCCAAGUCAGAGCCACGGCAGCCAUGUUGGAGGAGCAGAAAGUACAGAUGUCCUCAGUGUCUGCUGACAGAGGAAGAGAGAGAGGGGAGGAGACUGACGGACGGAGAAGGAGGAGAGACAAAGGGAUGGAUGAGACGGAGAUCGGAGGAGAGGAGGAGGAGGAGCUCUCCUCUCUGAUUCAGGAGCAAGAGGAGGUCAGGAGUCGGCUGAGGCAGAGAGAAGCCGAGGUGUACGCUCUGAGUCAGAGGACGGAGGAGCUGGAGAAAGACAGGGAUCGCGUCCGAUUGGCCCUGGAGCUCACGGAGGCUGCUAUGAUUGGCUACAGAGAGAGAGCCCACCAACAGGAGCAGAGCCAGGGGGCGGGGCCUAACACAGACCAGGAUGACGGGAACAGGCUGGUGGUCCUGCAGCGACUCGUGGCUGAACUCGAGCUGGAUGUAAAACGACUGAAAAAUAAAAACUCACAUCUGGAAAAUCAGAAAGAAAAACUGAAGAGAGACAGAAACACACUGAGGGACGCACUGAGACGGGUGGAGGAGGAGCGUCUGAUGUUCAGACAGAAGCUGACUGACAGCCGCAGAUCUCAGCAGAGUGCAGACACCACAGAAGAAGAACGUUUGAGGAGCAGAGUGAUGGAGCUGGAGGACCAGGUGCGUCAGCUGCGUCUCUCACUGGCUGUGGAUCAGCAGCAGAGGGCGGAGUUUAUCCAGCAGUCCUCCAGGAACAGCCAAUGGCUGCUCUCCCUGAGACACGACCUCACAAACUCACUGGAUGCCGUCACACGCCGUCCAAUCCCGUCCGUCCUAGAGUCUGAGACACACCGAUUGGACCGCAGCCUCAGGGAGGAGGAGCUAAGAAUGUCCCUCAGCCAAUCGUAACACCAGAAAGAUAAAGGCUGUUAAAUAACGCUUUUGACCAAAAAACUUAAAACCUCAACAGACUAAAAGAUGAUCUGCUGUGCACUGUCGCCAUGGAAACCGAUGGAAGCCAUUUUUCCUAUUGUUUUAAAAGGUUAUUAAACGCACCACAGAGGAAUGAAGCUGAUUUCUGACACGCUGGAUCCAUGCUACGUUCAAGAACCAAAGGGACAGUCAGAGACAGCUGAUGUUUUUUUUAAAGGGGGUGUGGUCUAAGAGGAUCCGCCUUAUUUCAGACCCCGCCGGUCUGUGUGGACCUGAAUGCACCUUCAGCUCCAUGCAGGUGGAGACUGUCUUUGUUUGUUUGGUUCAAAGGAACUUCUUCACUCGUCCUGAAUCACCGAAGUUUGAGUUCCUCGUUCAUCACACGAGACAUCAGAAACCGUCCAAUCAGAGAGAGACCUGUCAGUGCGUCUGACGUCCCGUUAGUAGCUUUUUGUCCUUUGAUGUGAUGUCAGUUUGAGCAGAGCCAGAAGACCAAGAGGACCCAUUCUUCUUUGAUCAGGACCAAAGGAACCCAGACCCCGUCCUCAGUCUCACUGAGCGUCAAUGUUAGUAAGCGCCACCUCCAGCGCCAUCCGGUCAGUUUCAGUCCAGAACACAACAUGGCGGGAAAAGUUGAACCAGCACCAUGAAGAUGCAGAAAAAGAGUGACACAUCAGCUCACGAGUGUAAAUACUCAGGUCGUCGGCUCGUGUAGAGUCAAGCUCCGAGUCCUAAAUCAGGUUUAGAACAGAGACCACAUGAAACCGGAGGGUCAGUCUGGAUUAUUAUAAACCUGUUUGAGGUUUAUCCUCGGGGCAAAGACCACCUCCUCACAUCUCCUCACUGUCUGAUCUCUCUGCGGGUUGAGUCGAGGGCGGUGUGCGUUUAGUCGACUGAGCGGUUACAGUCAUCACCUCGCCACAAGUUAAACUAAUUAUUAUGAUUUCAGCCUUCAAUGUUGUGCUCAGACUGCAGCGCAGACGGCCGCCACUAGUCGGGGCUUUAGCUCCGGUUAACUCUCCUCGCUCUACUACCUGGAUGUAAACAAGCACCAUGGACAGCUAGCAUCUCGUAGCAGCAGAGCGUUGUGUCGGCGUUUAGAUCUUUAACAUGGAGAGACAGUCGUAUGUCGGGUUAAACUGGGAUGUCGACCGGAGCGAUGAGUGACCAUGACCAGCACAGACAUGGGCGUUAACCUGCAGGGAGGACUGAAGGCUAGUGCUGCUAACGUUAGCCACACCAGGAAACCAAAUCACGUCAUUUACCCGUCAUUAACCAUUUUACAUUUUGACCUUUGACCUUUGACCUUGAGACUGAACGCGUCAAACUAAAUUGAAAUAUCCGUCUCCCUGACUCGGAGUUAAGGCGCCUCGGAACAAUGCGAGACUCCUGAACCUUACGUGACGACCUGUUGAUAAAAUGUUUUUGUUUACAUUAAGAUGAACAAGACAACGUCCAAAGUGACUCUGCCGUUUACGUUUCAUUUCAUGUUUAUAGUUUGACCUUUCUUCACCUCAGAGGGAAUUAUUACAACCGCCCCACGUACGAGUUUAUGAUGAACUAAAUCAGAACCCGAACGAUAAAUCAGCCGAUAUCAGCAUAUCCACUGAUUAUCGGCUAAUUUUGGCGCAGAUGUGUGCCGAUAUUACUCAAUUUAUUCACUGGUUCUGACGAGUACUUGCAGAUUGAAGAAGACGGCCUCUCUCUGACUUGAUGUGUGUUUUAAAUUUUAUUUAAACGUUUCGUGAUCGUAGCAGCGUGCAGAGUUAGAAACAUGAGGCGGGUUUGUCAGUGCUUUAAGUCAUUCUUCUGUUUGAGAGGGAAACCAAAUGUUUAUGUAUUUAUUUAUUAUUUCCUGUUUGUUAUUUAUGUUACCUCUUCAUCAGACUGCUGAGCCCUCACCACACUACAUUACCCACAAUCCCCUGAGCUGAGCUGAGCUGAGCUGAACUGUCAAUCAAACAUCAGUAGUGUGUAAAGUUCAAAUAAAAACCAAAGUUUAGAUUUUUAAAGUG